UCCUUUUAAUUGGUCUUACGUGAUACAAAUUUAAAUUAAUCAAAAACUUCAAAAUAAGAUAUCCAAACACCAAAGUAAAAAUCCAUUUUUUCCUCUCUUAUUAAUAGUAGUGAAGCAAACUAAGAAAGAGCUUUAUACUCUUUUUUUUUUUGUUUAGUAAAAAAAAUGUCUAUCUUCAUGAAAAUUAUUAUUUUGUUUUGUUCUUUGAGCUUAGUUUCAUCCCAUCCACAAUCUUAUAAUGCAAUAUUUAGCUUUGGUGAUUCACUCGCCGACACCGGAAACUUCCUUCUCUCCGGCGCCAUGACUUUUCCGGUCAUCGGAAAACUUCCCUAUGGAGAAACGUUCUUCAAACAUGCCACCGGCCGGUGCUCAAAUGGAAGAUUAGUUAUUGACUUCUUUGCUGAGGCAUAUGGAUUGCCAUUGCUUCCACCUUAUUUGGCAUUGAAAAAGGGCAUAAAAGCAGAAAAUGGAGUGAAUUUUGCUUUUGCUGGAGCUACUGCUAUUGCUGCUGAAUAUUUCUAUAGUAAAAAUAUUAAAAUUUUAUGGACAAAUAUUUCUUUAACUCACCAAUUGGGAUGGUUCAAAGAAGUGAAGGCUAACAUUUGUGCCACAAGAAAAGAUUGUAGAGAAUAUUUUAAAAAAUCACUCUUUAUAGUUGGAGAAAUUGGAGGAAAUGACUAUAACUACCCCUCCUUUCUUGGUGGAAGCAUUAAACAACUUAAAGUUCUUGUACCACUAGUUGUUGAAACCAUAAUUGAAGCAACAAGUGUACAUGCCUUGGAACAAACUCCUCAGUCACUUUACCGUCCCAACUAUGUUGCCUUCGAUGCAUUGAUAGAAGAAGGGGCAGUUGAAUUGAUAGUGCCUGGGAAUCUCCCAAUUGGUUGCUCAGCAGUGUUCUUAACCAUAUUUGGGACUACAAACAAAGAUGCAUAUGACAAAUAUGGAUGUUUAAAAGCCUAUAAUGCCUUCUCCAAAUAUCAUAAUGCUAAGUUAAAACUAGGAAUUGAGAAUUUAAGAAAAGAAUAUCCUCAUGCAAAGAUCAUAUAUGCUGAUUACUAUGGAGUUGCCAAGAGAUUGAUUCAUUCCCCAAAGCAUUAUGGAUUUUCCAAUACACUAGUAGCAUGUUGUGGAGGUGGAGGUCCAUACAACUUCAACAAUUCAGCAAGAUGUGGUCAUAUUGGCUCUAAGUCAUGUUUGGAUGCUUCAAGUUUUACAAAUUGGGAUGGAAUUCACUUAACAGAGGCAGCUUAUCACCACAUAGCAAAAGGAUUACUCAAUGGACCAUUCACUUCACCAUCUCUCUCAUUUCCUCCCAUCAAACAAAUUUAAACCGAGUACAUAACGUCGUGGAAUAUACUGAGUACGUUAUUUUUGUCAUAAUAAUAAUAUGUAAGAUUUUUUAUUUCCAUCGGAGUAUAGUUGGUUAUUUGGGAUUUUUCUAUAGAAGUACUCAUUAAGAAAUAUUUUCAUCUCUAAUACAAGGAUAGGUAGUAGUUUUUCCUUUCCUUGUUAAUCA